GAGCAGGGGACGCGGCGGCGGCGGCGGGCAGCUUCCCUCCGCCGGAGUUCGUAGACUUGGUGCGCGCACACACACACAUCCCCACGCGCACUCCCUCCCUUCCCUCGCGCGCCACAGACAGAGCCCUCGGUGCGGGAGCCCGGGAAGGGAGCCCAAGCUUCGGUGUUUUUCCCCGGUGCGAGGCGGCGGCGGCGGCGGCGGAGAGCCUCCCUGGAGCUCCCGAGACGACUUCGCGCCCCAGCCUUGGCCGGUGGGGGAAGGACGAGCACGGAGGGGAGGGCGCACCCCCGGCCACCACCGCCACCCCCUCGGCGUUGGGGUCGCCCGCUUUGCUCAGUGCCCACCCCCACCCCCACCCCGGAUCUUCCUCAUGAGGUUUCUGAGCGACUGUUCACGUUUUGGCUUCAAAGAACCCAAAUCUACAGACCUGAAGACGCAAAGGGUUCCUCCCAGUUGCAGUGGGCCUGGCGUGUUUCUAGGAAGAACUGGAGCUUUGUUUGUGCACCGUGACUUAGCGAGGAAAUCUAAAUAUGACCCCUUCUAUUUGCCUGGACCUUUUAAUGAAGUACUAAUUACUUUUUCCUGACUUCUCAGAGCAGCUGGGGUUCAGCCCCUCAGAACGGAAUUAUCAUCCAUUUAACUGAUUGCAUAUUUUUUUAAAUAAGGCUUUGUCCUUUUCUGUUUUAAAGGAACAAAACCCCCAAUAGAAUUUAUCAUCCUUACAGACUGUUAAUGUAGGGUGGGAUUUCUGACUAUAUUUUUGUUUGUUGGACUUUUUUCUCCCCACAUUUCUCUGGAGUUUACUUGGACUUGUGUCUUCAAACACACGCAUAAGGAGCACCCCGAUGGCUCCGUAAAUCAGUGGAACAACUGCCCUCAUUCAUGAUGGGGCGAGAGCAAGAGCUAAUCCAAGCCGUGAAAAAUGGGGACGUACCUGGUGUUCAGAAGCUGGUGGCUAAAGUCAAGGCACCCAAAAGCAAACUCCUGGGGUCAACAAAACGGAUGAACGUGAACUACCAGGAUGUGGAUGGGUUUUCAGCACUGCACCAUGCGGCCCUGGUUGGGAGCCUAGAACUAAUCUCCCUGCUGCUGGAAGCACAGGCUACCGUGGAUAUUAAGGAUAUCAAUGGAAUGCGACCACUACACUAUGCUGCCUGGCAAGGGAAAGUGGAGCCAGUGCGCCUGCUACUGAGAGCGGCCGCUUCCGUCAACACGGCAUCGUUGGAUGGACAGAUCCCAUUGCAUCUUUCUGCACAAUAUGGCCACUAUGAAGUGUCAGAGAUGCUGCUUCAGCACCAGUCCAACCCAUGCCUUGUCAACAAAGCUAAGAAAACACCCCUGGAUCUAGCCUGUGAGUUCGGGAGGCUGAAGGUGGCCCAGCUGCUCCUGAACAGCCACAUGUGUGUGGCUCUGCUUGAGGGACAAUCCAAGGACACAAGCGACCCCAACUACACCACUCCUCUGCACUUGGCAGCCAAGAACGGGCACAAGGAAAUCAUCAGGCAACUACUGAAAGCCGGAAUCGAGAUCAACAAACAGACGAAGACAGGCACUGCUUUGCAUGAGGCUGCCCUGUAUGGGAAGACCGAGGUGGUGCGCCUGCUGCUUCAGGGUGGCAUUGAUGUCAACAUCCGCAACACGUACAACCAGACGGCCCUGGAUAUCGUGAACCAGUUCACCACCUCUCAUGCCAGCAAGGACAUCAAACAGCUCUUACGAGAGGCAUCAGGAAUCCUGAAGGUCCGAGCUUUGAAAGAUUUUUGGAACCUCCACGACCCAACUGCUCUCAAUAUCCGUGCUGGAGACGUGAUCACGGUCCUGGAGCAGCAUGCUGACGGCCGCUGGAAGGGCCAUAUCCACGACUCUCAGAAGGGCACUGACCGGGUUGGCUACUUCCCGCCCUCCAUUGUGGAAGUCAUCAGCAAGCGGACAGGCCUGACUCUUCCCCGUGUGGUGCCCUUACGCCCGUGCCAGAGCCUUGCCAAGGGCCAGCAGGUUGACACUGCCACCCCUUCGGGUGGGCUGCAGCCACAUACAGACGCCUCUUUGCCUGUUUCGCCGCAGGCAACCCUCGGCGUCACCGCAGCCUGUGGCCAUCUCACCCUGACCAGGACAGCCCAGGCGCCUGAAAGCCCAGCAGGUGACAGAAACAGUGUAGGCAGCGAGGGCAGUAUUGGUAGCAUUCGGAGUGCUGGCAGCGGUCAGAGCACUGAGGGCACCAACGGGCAAACGACUGGACUCCUCAUUGAGAACGUGAAGCCACUUUCGCCUGGUGGUGAGGAUCUGCAGCAGCACCUCUUGGGCUCCAGUUCUCUCAAUGGCCAGACAAAUCCCAUGAUAGGGCCCCUGGGGCACCAGAACCUCUCCAACUGCAACACCAGCGACCGGAUCUUCUCCCACCAGUAUCUACGCCCAGAGCAGCUCCUGGAGGGGAAGGAUGCUGAAGCCAUUUACAACUGGCUGUGUGAAUUCCAGCUGGAGUGCUACACAGCCAACUUCCUGAAUGCAGGCUAUGAUGUGCCCACGAUCAGUCGCAUGACACCCGAGGAUCUCACUGCCAUCGGGGUGACCAAGCCGGGCCACAGGAAGAAAAUUUCUACUGAGAUUGGGCAGCUCACCAUUGCGGAAUGGCUCCCAAACUAUAUCCCCGAUGACCUGAUGGAGUGGUUGAGUGCCAUCGGGCUACCCCAGUACCACAAGAAGCUGGCUAGCAACGGCUAUGAUUCCAUCAACAUUGUAACAGAUCUGACUUGGGAGGACCUGCAGGAGAUUGGCAUCAAUAAGCUGGGCCACCAAAAAAAGAUCAUGCUGGCUGUCAAGAGGCUGACAGACCUUCGGAAGAACCUGAGCCAGGCGGACACGAGCACCCUGAGGCGCAAGAUCCCUGGGGCCUUGGACAUUGUCACCAUUGAGUCUGUCGAGAACGGGGAGGGCCAUUCUCCCAACACCCCCAAGAUGACCACUUUCCAGGACAGCGAGCUAAGCUACGAGCUGCAGACGGCCAUGUCCAACAGCUGCCAGGAGACGCUGACCAUCAAGGGGACUCACGGCAUGUCGAGGAGCCAAGAGAGCAUCGGCGUGCGGUCCCGGGGGUCGGGGCACUCCCAGGAGAACAUGCUCUCCCAAAGCAUGGCCUCAAGCCGUUCUCAGGAGAGCUUGGGCAGUGGGGAAAGCAGCAGCGGGAGCAGCGGGAGCGGCCACUCUUCCACCCAGGCUCGUCCCGGCCUAGAGAACUGCGGGAAAAGUCUUCCUGAGCUCAGUGGUCCGGAGGGAGUCAACGGCUAUUCCAGCGGCUGUGCAGGAAGUCCCUUGAGGGAGAGAAAUCUGCCCGAGGGGAUGGAUCAAUACCAGAGGCCGAAUGUUCUGAAAGGGGAUCUUUUCCCACAGUCACCUCCCUCGGAGCUCCCCAAUGCGCCACCAGCCACCUCCCCUGGUGCCUCACCCCACACAGCCAGCCGAGCAACCGCCCCUUAUGUCUUCAUGUACCCACACGUCUCCCUGAAGUCCCCGCCACCUCCUUUGCCGAUGGCGCCCGAGCAGGCCAAGGCCUCAGCCCAGGCCUCUUCCCAGAAGACCCUGCUGCAGUCCUCAGCCCAGAGAGCCUUCUCCUACCUGCAUUCCCACUGUGGACCUACAGAAGCCCCUCAGGGACCUCCAAAGCCAGGGACUGAGGGGCAAAAUGGGGAGGGCUCGAGGCACAAGAAACGGUCGCACAGCUUGAACCGCUAUGCUUUGUCUGAUGGCGAGGCCGAGGAGGAAGAGUCCACAGGGAGCACGGUGGGCUCUUACGCCACCCUCACCAGGCGGCCUGGACGGAGCCAGGUGCCCCGGACGCAACCGCCGGCAGACGCCAAGGUCUUGCGCAGCCAGUCCUUUGCGAUCCGUGCCCGGAGAAAAGGCCCUCCGCCCCCACCUCCCAAACGCCUCAGCUCUGUCUCCAGUGCCCAGGCGGUUGACUCAGAGUAUGAACAAGGCCUGGAAGGACAGAAAGGGUCUGCCUCCUCCUGCUCGCCCCAGGAUGAAGGAGAGAAUGCCUGGGAGAGCGAUGGACCUGCCAGGAGCCUGGCAGCUGCAGGUGAAGAACCUGAAAGGGAUGGGAGCCCAGCUGAGCCUCUCCAGCCUCCAAAGUCCACGGGUUCUGGUCAAGAGGUCGCCAACAGAGCAGGUCUCCACAACUCCAUUCAAGGGGAUGCCCCGAGUGCCAUGAACGGCCAAAGACAAGCCUUCGAAAGCAACGUUCCCAGGAGACGAACACUGAGCGAACCUGCGGUUCCCAGGACGGAAGCUUUGCGGCACAGCCUGGAGGAUGUCCGGUCGGACACCGAGGAGGAUGAGAAACAGGGCGGGAGAGACGAUGCUUCCAAGUCCCCCUGCUCUUCCCAGAACAGCUCCAGCGAGUGCAUUCCGUUUGCAGAGGAAGGCAACCUGACCAUCAAACAGCGACCCAAGCCUAUUGGGCAGCUCAAGGCAGAGGUCUCCGUGGCAGAUUCUGAUGCUGCCCAAGCACCGCCUGGUGGGGAGGAGCCACCAGGCACCCCAGCAAAAGAGACCCCCGUCUUGGAGUUCAACCUCACCGAGUCGGACACCGUCAAGAGGCGACCCAGGGGCAAAGAGAGGGAGCCUCUCCAGAAUGUGCUCAAGGCCUUUGGCAUGGCAGCCCCCACCCCAGCCACGACAGCCCCAGGCCCACAGUAUGCCCAGGCCCAGACCGUGAGCAUCAGCGGGCCAUCACUGCAUGUGACUGAGCCACCACUGUCACCUGGAGAUGCUCUGGAUGAUGACACCAUGGAGUUCCAGAUUGCUGAGAUCGAGAAAAGUAUUCUCUCUCUGGAAAGGGGGAUCAAGAAGCCGCCCAUCUCUCUGAAGCCAACCAGCCCGGUGUUGCCAGCACCACAGAUGGAGAGGCAAGGAGGGUUGGUCCAGCUGAGGACGCCGUGCAUGGUGACAGAUACUUCAGCAAAGCACAUUGCAUCUACCAAGCUGGUGUUUUCAGGACCAAAAACCAUCUACCAGCAAGCCCUACAGAACUCUUGCAAGACGGUCGCCCCCUGGGCAGCCACAGAGAUGGUCUCAGAAGGGACGGGUCCCUCCUACCCCACAAAGCUAGGACUCACCAGCAAGCCCACGGGCUUUGGGGUGCCCCUUUCCACAAGGCCUCUGAGUGCAUCUCCAGACAUGAUCCAGGCUCAGCAAAGACUGGAACAAACCAACUCCUCUUUGGCCUCCACACUUGAAGCAGCCGAAAGGAAAAUCUCCACAGAGGAAGCAGACAGCCACUACAGGACAGCACGCUCAGCUAAGAACAUCCUUGAAGACAUCAGUAACAUGUUUGAUGACUUGGCCGAACAGCUGGAUGCCAUGCUGGACUAAGGGGUGGAAUUCCUUCUGCCAGGCAGUGUUGGAGGUUCAUCCCACGACUUGAGACAACAAGCGGACGGCCUUGGCUUCACUCACAUCCUACCAUUCUUUCCGGCCUCCCCUUCCUGCACUUUACCCUUUUCCUCACCUGAUAGCUCCUGAUGAAGACAGACGCUUGGGUGUUAAAAUGCCCAGCAGGAGACACGGCUGCUUGUGUACGUGCUAGGACCAUCUCCUUGAAAGGUCUGUGAAGCAAGAGGAGGGCCAAAGCAUGCCAAGGCAUGGCCUGUUCGGUUUCUGUCUAGGCCCCAGAACCUUGCCAGGCCUGUGAAUCCUGACCACCCAUCCCGUAACAGUGAAGUGACAAAGAAGGACUGAUAAAAGCCCUGCUGCUUCGAGGAGCUGUGGAGGAAGAUGGACGCCAGAGGGAAGCCUCUGCCUACAUAAACACCACAGACAUUUGUGCUGCUCCCAGGGAGCAGCAGCCCGUCCCCUAUUUCUGGGUCUUGCCAUUUCAGCGAUGCCAACAAUGUGUCGACGGCCAUCAGCAGUGACGGCAGCCAAGGGACUGAGCCCUCAAGGAGGCCCACCACCCUGGCUGCCACCGUGAAGGGUGGUUGGGUAGCCUGGCGCCCUGCAGAGCAAGACAAGCCCUUGCUGCUUUCUUCAGCAUUUCAAGAGAGGAAGCACCAUGUAAUCUGGGUGGAUUUAAAUCCCUCACACUACCCAUUUCUUCUUCUUCUUCCCGGAACCAGCUGGCACAACUUGUAGUUCCCAAAACUUCCAGACGGACAAAAUGGGUUCAGCAUUUCAAUAGCAGGCUCAACAUUUCAAUAGCAGGGGAACUGAAAAGUACUUGACCUCUUUCUUUCCCAAGUACCUUUGAUUCAUUCAUUGCACAAGGCACAGCCCGCCAGAAGGCUUGGGAGGGAAAGGGGAUUGUCUUCCUUUUUCUUUCAGGGGAUUCAAAUGGCGGGGGGGGGGGAGCGCGGACAGACCCUGAUUCAGAGGUUACAGUCUAAAGCACCCUCUGGUGGUCAGACAUAAAGGGAAAAAGUUACUCUUCCCAGAUUCAAACACUGUUCCCUUACUUCUUUCUCCUCGUAGGGGAGAAAACACAAUCUAUUCACCUUUUAUUAAAAAACUUAAACCUGGCUAAGUUGGGGGGGGCUGCAAGGUGGUCAUCCCAAGGCACCCGUCUCAUCCCCCUCUCUCUACGGCUCUCCUCCUCUUCCUCACUGGAACCAAGUGCAGCAAAGGGCCCGUUUUUAGACUUAUGCCUGCCGUGAAUCUUCCUGGGGAGCAGCCCCGAGAGGAGGACCAAGAGUUAUCCAUACGUAGCCUCUAGAAAUAUGUCCAAGAAGAUGCCAGCUUGCCAGCUAAUGAAACAUUAACUGAGCAAAGGGGGGGGGGGAAUCACCAGGUCACUGCUUUACAGGCUGGAACCUAACCUACUGAGACGUUUUAUUUUGAAAGUGAUGUCUCAGAUGAAAAGGACAGCUGAUGUGCCCCAGGCUUCAGACAGUGGCCAGCUUUUAUCUGCAAGGGAGACGGAGCGAGCAGGCCAGAGGUGGGCAGGGCAGGGCAGGGCAGGGGCACCCGCUCCUGUCAGUGCAGGGAAGGCCUCUGCAGGGGGAAAGGCCACCACCCUUUAACGUCUUGGUGGACCAUGAAAGGGGAGUGAACGGAGCAGGGAGCCGACAAGGGCUGGCAGAGUUUCACAGCCACAUGGGAGCCUCUUAGCCAUAGAUAUUGUUUUCCUCUUUCUCUCUCUCUCUCUUUUAAAGAUUCUGUUUUUAUCCUGUCUCAAGUGGAUUAGUCAUCCUCUGGUGAUGGAUGACUAGUGGUAAAGGAAUAAUUAAGGCAAAAAAAAUAGUUGCAGCCAGUGGCACUUUAUAAAAAGGGUUCUCUAAACCUUUUUUUCAAAAGAGGUUUUUAAUUUCACAUUAGCUGACUUGGGAAGAGUCCAAUAUUUUUCACUGUUGAUAAAACUGUAAAUUUUUUAAGGAGAAGAAAUGUAUAUAUUUUAAAAAAUGUGGGUUUGUUAUAUAUUUACUAACCAGAGUUCUGUUGUAUUUUAACGUCUGGGGGUCAAACCACAUUACUGCCUGAGCCACUAGGAGGCAGUAAAAUACUGUUCUUUUAUGUUGUCGCUAAUGAGGGAAUCCAGUGUCUUUUUUUUUUUUUUGGUCUUUCAGAGAAUGCAUAUUUUUUAAGAGCUAGUUCUUUAUUUUAAAGAUAUUUUAUGCGGUGUAAAUUAUGUAUGGAUGUGAUUGUGUCUAACCAGCUUUGGCCAUGUCGGCUACAUGUAACAAUUAGUCCAGGCAAACCACUAGCCGGGCAGUUUUUAAACCAUCUGGCCUGUUUAUGUUAAUCAUGGAUUCUUGUUUUCCACUAACAUCAUCUGCAACUUAUGGUUAUUAAACGGGGAAUGAUUUCCCUUUUUGAUGGCUGUGCUUGGCCUACAGAGUCUCUGCUUUACUUUCAUUUGAGUUCACCACAUGCACCUAUUUUUCUGUGUAAAUUUUUUAAUUAUCAAGAAUGGGGACACUGCAAGGAAUCCCUUUAUUUGGGAUCCUACUAACUGCUAGUGCUCACAUUUGUAGUCUGAAAGGGGUAUCAAAAUAUAAAGAUAUGGGCAUCUCAUAGUUAAAUGCAUAAAGUGUUGGUUGUUUCUCUUUAAAAUGCUCAGAAGUAGCUGCAAAGAAAGGAUCAGGCCUGCUUUAUAGUAAUCUCACCCAUACUGCGUGAGAGCAUAAAGAGAAAAUUACAUAUAAUGGUCUGUAGAUGACAAAAAAAACAGUCACACAAGCCACUAUUUUAGAAUGCCCCAUUAAUUAAAACUUCAACACCCAACCUCUUAUUUGACUGGCCCUUCUAGUGAGCCAUUGAACUCAGCCCAAAAGCCUUCCUCAGUUAAACAAUGUGUGGCAUGUGAUUAAGGACAACA